UUUGUGUUGCUCAGUAGCAGCGAGCGAGGCCUUGUAGUUGGAAUAGCAUUAAUAACGGUGGAUGUGACGACGGAAGACUUCCACUAGGCUCGGACAAAACACGGGGCCGUGUGGUAAUGGUGGCGGCCCUCGGGGGUCUUAGCGUCCCACUGAUACAAUCUGGAGAAGACCUGCUUGCUUAAAGCCGUGGGUGACAUAUAGGGAACAGCCCCACCUCCUUGUCCAUAGUCUACCAACUUUUCUGUCUUUUUUUUUUUUGCCACAACCUCCCUCUCUCUCCCUUUAGUCCAUUCCCUCCCUCUCUCUACCCCUUUCGGUCUCUCUCUCUCUCUCUCUCUCUCUCUCUCUCUCUCUCUCUCUCUCUCUCUCUCUCUCUCUCUCUCUCUCUCUCUUCUCUUGCUUUUUCCACCACUUCCUCACACACACACUGCCUGCAGCAGUAAUCGGACAACUCUCUUUUCCUCACUAUAGGACGGGGGUCUCCUGAGAUACAACAGCGCGGGGGCUCCGAUGGCUUCCAAAACGUAGAAUGAAAGAGAAAAAGGCCGUUUUCUAGUCCUACCAUGACAGACGCUCCGGAAGAACUUUUUUAAAGAAAGUCUGCAGUCCAAUUUACUGGACUGCUCACUUUCCGUAUUUUGUUUUUUUAGAUUUUUUAUUUUUUUGUGUGUGUGGUUUUUAAAGACGGGAGAAGGGAUAAAGACACACGGAUUCAACCAUAAUUGUAGUCUAUGGAAAUGCAGGAUUUAGCCAGUCCUCACAGCCGAGUAAGUGGAAGCAGUGAAUCUCCAACUGGUGCCAGCCUUGACAACUCCCACAUCAACAACAAUUCCAUGACACCCAAUGGCACUGAAGGUGACAGCCUCACAAUGCUUACCACAGCAGACUGGUUGUUAGGUUCUAACUCGCAGUCCGCCGCAGUUAAAAGCGAGCCAAUGAGCAGCAGCGAAAUAGUCGCCUCGGUACCAGACACCUCUCUGGACAGCUUCUCCGGAUCAGCUAUUGGGAGCAGUGGCUUCAGCCCAAGACAAACCCACCAGUUCUCUCCACAGAUUUACCCUUCCAACAGGACAUAUCCGCAUAUUCUUCCAACCCCUUCAUCCCAAAAUAUGGCGGCGUACGGGCAGACGCAGUACACCACAGGAAUGCAGCAGGCCGCAGCGUAUGCUAGCUACCCCCAACCUGGACAGCCUUACGGCAUCCCGGCUUAUGGCAUCAAGACGGAAGGUGGCCUCAGCCAGUCCCAGUCGCCGGGGCAGACCGGUUUCCUCAGCUACAGCUCCCAGUUUAGCACGCCACAGACGGGGCAGGCGCCUUACAGCUACCAGAUGCAAGGUGGUACUUUCACAACAACGUCAGGGUUGUACCCCGGAAACAACUCUUUAACGAACUCUGCAGGCUUCAACAGCACGCAACAGGAGUACCCGAGCUACCCAGCCUUCGGCCAGGGUCAGUACGCGCAGUAUUACAAUAGCUCGCCCUAUACUUCGCCCUACAUGACGAGUAACAACACCAGUCCCAGCACGCCCUCCACCACCACCACCUACACCCUCCAGGAGCCUCCUUCCGCCGUCACCAGUCAGGCCCUCACAGAGAACCCUGCAGGAGAGUACAGUACCAUCCACAGUCCAUCAACCCCCAUUAAAGAUUCAGAUUCGGAUCGAUUGCGCCGGGCCUCGGAUGGAAAGUCACGUGGCCGAGGGAGAAGGAACAACAACCCAUCACCGCCGCCCGACUCCGACCUUGAGCGAGUAUUCAUCUGGGACCUGGACGAAACAAUCAUCGUUUUCCAUUCCUUGCUCACGGGUUCUUACGCCAACAGAUAUGGACGGGAUCCACCAUCGUCAGUCUCAUUAGGACUACGGAUGGAAGAGAUGAUCUUCAACUUGGCCGACACGCAUUUAUUCUUCAACGACUUAGAGGAAUGUGACCAGGUACAUAUUGACGACGUCUCGUCGGAUGACAACGGUCAGGAUCUAAGUACAUACAACUUUGGCGCAGACGGCUUCCACGCGGCGGCGACGAGCGCCAACCUCUGCCUGGCCACAGGUGUGAGGGGAGGAGUGGACUGGAUGAGAAAGCUGGCGUUCCGUUACAGACGAGUGAAAGAAAUCUACACCACCUACAAAAAUAACGUCGGAGGUCUCCUGGGACCGGCCAAGAGGGAAGCCUGGUUGCAAUUGCGAGCAGAAAUUGAAGCCUUGACGGACUCCUGGUUAACACUGGCACUGAAAGCACUAACAUUAAUCCACUCAAGGUCGAAUUGUGUGAACAUCCUGGUCACCACCACGCAGCUCAUCCCCGCCCUGGCCAAGGUCCUGCUCUACGGGCUGGGCAUCGUCUUUCCUAUCGAAAAUAUUUAUAGCGCAACCAAAAUAGGUAAGGAGAGCUGCUUCGAGAGAGUCGUUCAAAGAUUCGGGAGGAAAGUUGUUUACAUCGUGGUCGGGGACGGCGUGGAAGAGGAGCAAGGCUCAAAAAAGCACAACAUGCCCUUCUGGAGGAUCUCCAGCCAUUCAGACCUCAUGGCCCUCCACCACGCUCUGGACCUGGAGUACUUGUAGCGCCGCCUCAUCGCCUAAAAACAACAACAAAAUUGCUGCGCUCCAGCUUAUUUCCGGAAUCCAUCCCAUCGCCGCUUGCUCGCAGACUUGUACCCUCCCCGCUGGUUCCAAGGGGGGGAAGGCAGGGGAAGGUGGUGUCUUGUCUUCCCAGGAAGAGGAACAAUCAAUGUGCUGACCUCAGGUCUCACUUUGUCUUAACGCUUUUUGUGAGUGGUGCCUUCUCCAGCCAUGUUACUGUGAAGGACACCUGUGAGGACGACUUACCGGUUUCUUAUUUAUGGACUUUGUGAGAAGGAACCUCCUCAGCAACAAGACUUUCCCAGCUGGAGGACUAAUGAUGGCUUUUCUAAUAAUUUAAGACUUUAUUUACAACGCUGAGACAAUCGUGUACAGAGGAUUUCUUUUUCUUUCUUUUUUUUGUGCGUGUGUAAAAGUUUGUAAUCACUGGACUAUUUCUUCCUUCCUUAUAUCCAUGUGCUCUUCUUGAACGGUGGCUUUUUUUAUGGAACAAAAAAAAAAAAAAAAGCUCGCAAAGUGUUGAUGUGUUCGAGGUUGUUCAGUAAAAAA